CUUUCUUUUUUUUUUUUUUCUCUCUCUCCUAUCAAGCUGUCUGCCUCCCCGCCGUGCCUACUCUGCAUUUCUGCGUUCUCUUCUACUUCUCUGGUUUGAUCAUGAAGCUCUCAGUACUCAGCAAUGACCGCACAUUCCCUUCUUCUAUGCUUCCAUCUUCCACUACUUACCCAUCACAUCAAUCAUAUGCUGCACCUCUAGUUUCAACUUUCAGAAGUGGGUCAUCCCUUCAACGGUUAGUUUCUUUUCCAAACCCUUCGAGGGAUAUACCCAAAAGGAGUUCCGAUGGAAGGGCUGUGAAAACCUUCGUUGCUUGCUCUGGAAAAAGUAUGGCUGAUGGAGAUUCUCCUGCCAAGGCACUUCGCCGGAUUCUGGAGUCGCCUGGGGUUCAACAGGGCCCUGCCUGUUUUGAUGCUCUCAGUGCGAAGCUUGUGGAGAGGGCCGGAUUCGAGUUCUGCUUCACCAGUGGUUUCUCAGUUUCAGCUGCUAGAUUGGGAAUACCGGAUGUCGGUUUAAUUUCUUAUGGAGAAAUGGUGGAUCAAGGGUAUCAGAUCACUCAAGCUGUGUCUAUCCCUGUCAUAGGAGAUGGGGAUAAUGGAUAUGGGAAUGCAAUGAAUGUUAAGAGAACUGUGAAAGGAUUCAUAAAUGCUGGUUUUGCAGGGAUAAUUCUUGAGGACCAGGUUUCCCCAAAAGCUUGUGGCCACACUCGUGGAAGGAAAGUGGUAUCUAGGGAGGAAGCAUUGAUGCGGAUAAGAGCAGCUAUUGAUGCUCGGAAAGAGAGUGGUUCUGACAUUGUUAUUGUAGCGCGAACUGAUUCUCGCCAAGCGAUAUCCUUCGAGGAAUCACUUUGGAGAUCACGUGCUUUUGCUGAGGCUGGAGCAGAUGUUCUUUUCAUUGAUGCGCUUGCUUCAAGAGAAGAGAUGAGGUCUUUCUGUGAGAUUUCUCCCCUAGUCCCGAAGAUGGGUAAUAUGCUUGAAGGAGGGGGUAAAACACCGAUACUAAAUCCUAUCGAAUUAGAGGAAACUGGAUUUAAGAUAGUAGCUUAUCCACUGUCCUUGAUUGGGGUCUCUAUUCAGGCAAUGCAGGAUGCACUUAGAGCCAUUAAAGGUGGUCGAAUCCCUCCCCCUGGAAGCUUGCCAUCUUUUGAAGAAAUCAAGGAAACCUUAGGGUUUAAUGCCUACUAUGAAGAAGAGAAACGGUAUGCUACCAGUGUUGGAAGGCUGUCUUUGCAGAGAGCUAAUUCGCCAGGAAGCAGCAGUAGGUACAAUAUGCAACAGAGGAUUCGGGAUGAUUCGGAGAAAAGUGGUCAAAGUCUGCAGGAUCCUGUUGUAGAAGUGAUAACACCUGAUGUGUACGGUACCUAUGGUGCAGAUGGUUCAAGGGGACCAUUUCCUGGGAUUUGGUCCCGCACAUUGAGAAUCAAAAUCAUCGGAAGAGAUAGAUUUGAGAAACUUGAUGUCAGGAUUCCUGCUGGCUUCUUGGAAGGAAUCACAAACAUAGUUCCAGCUUUAGGAGGAGUAAACAUAAAAGCAUUGUUAGAUGAUGCAGCUGAGGAAGCAGGAGGUAAGGUGUUGUUAGAUUUUAAUGACACAAUGGGUGACAGAAUUCAAGUAUUUUUGGAGUGAAUCCACUUCAAUCAUCCGCUUUGAGCUAUUGUGGCUGAAGAAAUAGGGUUUUUGCUUCUUAGAUCCAAUUUGAAGUAAAUACAUUGUGGGACAAAAAACACCUGUCCAAUGGAAGUUGUCCUUGAAGGACCAAGCAUAGGAUGCUGAACUACAAGCUACCAAAACAAUGUUCCUAUGAGAAAAAAUCAAUCUAAAAGAUGAGAACCCAAUUAAAUGUAGUCUGGUUACAUGGAUUUUAUGUCUCCAAUCUGUUCUAACCAAUGUAAUCAAAUUCAGUUCGUAGCAGAGUUGUUGUGUUCAGUCUGAGUCUUGAUUUGUGUUACAUCAGUAAUAUGUCUUUGGCUGUUGGAACAGACUUAACAUCAAUAUCCAGUGACCUACAUCAGUCUCAACUUGGGUUCUGCCAUCAUAUCCGAGGCACAGGCAAUCUGGGAUGUAAUCCAUGUUGGAAAACAGUCUAUAUAGAUGAACGAUGGGGAAAUAUAAAUGAACUGCAACAGUGGUUGAUCUUCGAC